AUGUAGUAAUUAUAGGAAUCUCAUUCUCAAUCAGAUUUCAAGCUUCCAUCUAUAGAUAUUCAUACUACUCAUAGACUUCCUAUAAAAAUGAAUCCUAGUUAUAGAUUAAAAUAUACUAACCCUAUACGAGUUCAAUACCUAAGAUUUUUAGAUCGAAGAAGUUUGGAUGAAAAAUUAAAUGAACCAUUUUGCUUAGAAAAAUUUGCUAAAAUUAACAAUUACUCUUAUGAAAAGAGUUAUGAAUAGUAAGACAAUCUAUCUUAAAAUUUUAAGUGAAUUAAAAUGUAGAAAACCAUAAAAAAAAGCAUAACCACAACAAAAAUAAGAAUAUCGUAAACCAAAUAUGAGAUAUUUCAAUCCUGAAGACUCAGAGAUACGUCAAGAUGAUAUGGAUUUAAUCUUAAAUCCAAAGGCAAAUAAACCUGUAACUUCUAAUAGCAAAGUCUUUAUUUCAGAAUGA